GAUGAUGAUGAUGAUGGUGAUGAUGAUGAUGAUGAUGAUGAUGAUGAGGAUGAUGAUGACGUUUCGGAUAAAGAGCAUGAUGAAUGGGAUGAUGGUGAUAUCGAUGAUGAUGAUGAUGAUGUUGUUCAUGAUGAUGAUUUAGUUGUCAAUGAUGACGAUUCGGAUGAUGGUGAUGAUGAUGGUGAUUCGGAUGAUGAUGAUCAUGAUGAUGAUGAUGCUGAUGAUGAUUGGGAUGAUGAUGAUGUUGAUGACAAUGAUGAUUCGGAUGUUGAGGACGACGAAGAUGAUGACGAUGCUGAUGAUGAAGAUGAUUUGGAUGAUGAUGAUGACGAUGAUGAUUAUGAUCGUGAUGAUGAUGCUGAUUCGGAUGAUGUUGAUGAGACGCAUGUUGAUGAUAAUGAUGAUGAUGAGACGCAUGUUGAUGAUAAUGAUGAUGAUGGUGAUGAUCAUGAUAAUGAUGAUGAUGAUGAUGAUGAGGAUGAUGUUGAUGUUGUUGAUGUUUCGCAUGAUGAUUAUGAUGAUUAUGAUGAUGAUGUUGAUGAUGAUGAUGAUGAUGAUGAUGAUGAUGAUGAUGAUGAUGAUUCGGAUGGUGAUGGCGCUGAUGUUGACAACUAUGAUGAUGAUGAUGUUGAUGAUGUUGAUGCUGUAAAUGAUGGUGUUGUUGAUGAUGAAAAUGUUCAUGUUGAUGAUCGUGGUGUCUGUAAUAGUGGUGAGGCUGAGGAUGAAUAUGAUAAUGAUGAUGACGAUGAUGAUGAUGAUGAUGUUGUUCAUGAUGAUGAAGGAGAUGACGACGAUGAGGAUUCGGAGAAUGAUGAUGAUGAUUAUGACGACGCAGAUUCGGAAGAGGACGAUGAUGAUGGUGAUUCGGUAGAUGAUGAUGAUUAUGAUGAUGAUGAUGGUGAUGGUCAUGUUGAUGAUGACGUUGUUGAUGUUGAUGACGAUUCGGAUGAUGAUGACGAUGAUGAUGAUGAUUUGAAUGAUGAUGAUGCUUCGGAUGAUGAUGGUAAUGAUGUUGAUAUUAAUGAUAUUGAUGAUGUUGAUAAUGUUGAUUUUGUAAGUGAUGGUGUUUGUGAUGAUGAAAAUGAUCAUGUUUAUGAUCGUCAUUUUGAAAAUAAUGAUGAGGAGGAUGAUGAAUCGGAUGACGAUUACAACGAUGAUGAUGAUGAUGUUGUAAAUGAUGGUGUUGGUGAUGAUGAAAAUAUUCAUUUUGUUGAUCGUGAUGUUGAUAAUGAUGGUGAGGAUGAUGAUGAAUGUGAUGGUGAUGAUAACGAUGACGAUGAUGACGAUUCGGAGGAUGACGAUGAUGAGGAUGAUGAUGAUGUCGAUCAUUCGGAUGAAGAUGAUGAUGAUGAUGACGAUGCUGAUUCGGAUGAUGAUGAUGAUGAUGGUAAUUCGUAUGAUGCUCAUGAUUAUGAUGAUGAUGAUGGGGACGAACAUGAUGAUGAUGAAGAUUCGGAUGCUGAUGACGCUGAUGAAUUUGACGAUGCUGAUGAUCACGAUGAUGAUGAUGAGAAAGUUGAUCUUGAAGAUGAUUCGGAUGAUGAUGUCGAUGCGGAUGAUGAUGAUGAUGAUGAUGCUGAUUCGGAUGAUGACGAUAAUGGUGAUUCGGAUAAUGAUGAUGAUGAUGAUGAUGAUGAUGAUGAUUCGGAUGAUGAUGAUGAUGAUGAUGAUGAUGAUGAUGAUGAUGAUUCGGCUGAUGAUGAUGAUGAUGAUGAUGGUGAAUCGGAUUACGAUGAUGAUGUUGAUGAUGUUGAUGAUGAUGAUGAUGAUGAUGAUGAUGUAGACGAUGUUUCGGAUGAUGACGAUGAUCAUGAUCAUGAUGAUGAUGAUGAUGAUGAUGAUGAUGAUGAUGAUGAUGAUGAUGAUGAUGAUGAUGAUGAUGAUGAUGAAGAUGAUGAUGAUGAUGAUGAUGAUGAACAUGAUGAUCAUGAUGAUGAUUCGGCUGAUGAUGAUGAAUCGGUUGAUGAUGAUGUAUCGGACGAUGUUGAUGAUGAUUCGUAUGAUCAGGUUGAUGAUAAUGAUGCUGAUUCGGAUGAUGAAGAUGAUGAUGGUGAUUCGGAUAAGGAUGACGAUGAUAAUGAUGAUGAUGAUGAUGAUGAUGAUGAUGAUGAUGUUGAUGAUCAUGAUGAUGAUGAUGCGAUGAUGAUGAUGAUGAUGAUGAUAAUGGUGUUCAAUCCGAUAACGGUGGUGAUGAUGAGGAUUUCGGAUGAUGAUGACGAUGAUGAUGAAUAUGAUGAUGAUGAUGAUGAUGACGAUGAUGAUGAUGAUGAUGAUGAUGAUGAUGAUGAUGAUGAUGACGAUUCGGAUGCUGAUGACGCAGAUGAUUUUGACGAUGCUGAUGACCUCGAUGAUUUAUAUGACGAUGAUGAUGACGAUGUUGAUGUUGACGCUGAUUCGGAUUAUGAUGCUGAUGAUGAUGAUGAUGUUUUGGAUGAUGAUGUCGCUGAUUCGGAUGGUGAUGCUGCCGAUGUUGGCAUUGACAAUUUUGAUGAUGUUGAGGAUGUUGAUUUUGUAAAUGAUGGUGUUUGUGAUGAUGAAAAUAUUCAUGUUGAUGAUCGC